AUGACAUCAUCGUCAUCAUCAUUGAACAAAGAUAUGUCAUAUCUAUCUAAUCUUAUUCAGUUGUCUGAUCAAGUGCGAUAUGCAUUAAACAAUAAUAUACCUGUUGUGGCAUUGGAAUCCACGAUCAUCUCACAUGGCAUGCCAUAUCCACAGAACUAUCAAACGGCCAAACAAGUUGAAGACAUUGUCAGAGAGAAUGGCGCAGUGCCAGCGACAAUCGCAAUCAUCAAUGGAACUAUUCGUGUUGGUCUGGACGACGCACUGCUUCAUCACCUCGCCACGGUUGGUAAACAUGCGGUCAAGACAUCGAGACGCGACCUGGCCGUCGUCGUGUCGCAGGAUCAUCUGGUUGGCUCGACCACAGUGUCUGCAACGAUACUGAUAUCCAACCUGGCUGGAAUCAAGGUGUUUGUAACGGGUGGACUCGGCGGAGUGCAUCGUGGCGCCGAAGUGACAAUGGACAUCUCAGCAGAUCUCACCGAGCUUGGCAAGAAUGAUGUGGCAGUCGUGUGUGCUGGUGUCAAGAGUAUAUUGGACAUUGGAAAGACACUAGAGUACUUGGAGACACAGGGUGUCACGGUGAUCACCUAUCAAUCUGACAAGUUCCCAUCGUUCUUUACGUCAACCAGCGCGUUCCAAUCACCUAACCGUCUGGACACGCCCAAGGCCAUUGCCAAGGUCAUUCAUACCAAUCAUCAAUUGACACUUGGAAGUGGCAUGGUCAUUGCAGUGCCCAACGACUAUCCCAACAAGAUAGACAUCGAUACAGCAAUAGAGCAAGCAAUCAAAGAGGCAGAGAUGAACAAGAUAUCUGGAAAGGAUACAACACCUUAUCUAUUGAAGAGAGUUAAUGAACUUACUGGUGGCCAAUCAUUGGAAUCGAACAUCCAUCUCAUUAAACGUAAUGCCGUCAUUGGAUCACAGAUUGCUGCCCAGUUGGCUAUACUGCGUGGUCCAUCCACCGCCAUUGGCAUAAACAACCAACAGCCUACUUCCAUUGCUGAUGUGGUCGUAGUUGGAGGUGCAGUUAUAGACUUGAUGUCACAUCCACACAAGAAUACUGCAUUCACAAUGGGUACAUCAAAUCCAGGUUCGAUGAGUAUCAAGGUUGGAGGAGUUGGAAGGAACAUCGCCGAAGUCACCCAUCGACUAAACAUGAACACAUUAUUCGUCAGCUUGGUUGGCAAGGACAUCCAGUCACACAAGAUAAUCGAUCAUUUCAAUCAACUUGGUUUGUCCACAAGGGCCAUGGAGAAGUUGGAUGAUGUGUCAACAGCCACAUACAAUGCCAUCAUGAACAAUGGUGAAUUACAAGUUGCAAUUGCCAUCAUGGACAUAUUCGAUCAAAUUACACCAACAUAUAUUACAAAGUAUAGACAAGAUAUUGCCAAGAGCAAGAUGAUUGUAUUCGAUGGCAAUAUACCAAUGGAUACCAUGUCAUUGCUCAUGUCCAUCGGUAAAGAGAACAAUAUUCCAGUAUUCUUUGAACCAACCAGUGUACACAAGUCUACCAAACUAUUCGCGAUCACAUCAACAUCAGGACCAGUGGCGGUCAACUACACAUCACCAAACGUCGAUGAACUACUGGCGAUGGCAAAGGAGAUUUGCAAGAAUGGAAAACAUCAACAACUGGCUAAUUGUCAAGGCGCAGACUUUAAGUCCAGGGACAUUCAAUCACUCAAGAAACACACGGCAGUGUUGUUGGACGCUGGAGUUGGAACAGUGUUCCUCAAGGCUGGCAGAGAUGGAGUGUACGUCAUCACGAACAAACCAGACAAGACACAAUCAUUCCAACAUUACGCGGCACCUGAAGUAACUGACAGUGAACUGGUGGAUGUCACUGGUGCCGGUGACUCAAUGGUGGGAUGUCUAGUCUAUGGAAUACUGAACAACAAGAGUGAACAAGAGAUGAUGAAGAUUGGAACAAGAUGUGCACGUUCAAGUCUCAUGUCAUCAGAUCCAGUUUCAUCAUUGAUCAGUCCAAAGAUAUGUGAGUAA